CUUACAUGUAGCAGCUUCAAAGGGUGAAAUUUUGCCUCCGAAAUGAACAUCCUCAGCUCCAUUUGCAGGGAUUAGCAAACUGUUAUUCCAAAAAUGUUAAAAAUCGAAUCAAAGAAGCUUUUUGAUUCCAACACGGAGGUAUCUUUGAUAAGAAGGUGACCCAACCAACUGCAAACAUGUGUUCAGAAGGCGAGAGGCAGUUCCUUUGCCCACGGCUUAUAGACUAUUUGACUAUAGUCGGGGCAAGGUCGGCUGCAAAUGUCAAGGGACAGGCUUCGACCAGUCACAUACAAGCUCCAGAGCUGCUACGCCGUUAUCCGGUCCAGGACCACAAAGACUUUCCCAUGCCCCUGGACAUGGUUUAUUUUUGUCAGCCGGAGGGAUGUUCGUCGGUGGGCCCUCGUAAAACAGCUCUCAGGGAGGCAUCUUCGUUCGUAUUCACUCUAACGGACAAGGAUUCAGGAAAGACGCGAUACGGAAUUUGCGUGAACUUUUACAGGCCGAUCGAGAAAACUAACGCGUCCGCCAAAAGGGCUAAUAUGACGCUGAGGAGGGAUUCGUGGAGGAAAAGUAUGGAGAAAAGUUCCGAUUCGGCGUUUUCAAGCGACUAUAGAAGCAGCAACGUGGGGCCGAGCGAUUCGGAGAAAGACUGUCCAAGCAGAAGGGACUCUGAAACGGCCGGUUUGCACAUGCUGCCCGCACCGCGUCUUGGAGUUAUCGGAGCAUCAAACGAUUCGGAAAGCGGAGGAAGCUUAUCUCCAUCGCCAAGAGCCAGUCGGAAAAGACAGAGGAUAAGGAACCACUCGUUGACGUCAUUGUGUUUACUGUCUCACCAUCCCUUUUUCACAAUGUUUCGGGAAUGUUUGUUUAUCCUGAAAAAGUUAAUUGACGCCUGCAAUGAAUCAUCGCAUCCGAGGAGAGUGGGAGGAUCGAAACAAUCGUCUAGGGAUACAGUAUGGAGUGUCCUUACUGGACAUUCUGGAGAUGGACCUUCAUCGAUUGUACUUCACGAUGUUAAAGAGAUAGAAACAUGGAUACUUCGACUUUUAUCUUCUCCAGUUCCAAUACCUGGAAAAACGAAGGUGGAAGUUGAAGUGUUAUCACCAAGCGUCUACGAUCCAUUAAUAUUUGCAUUACCAAGUCACACAAGAUUUUGUUUGGUUGAUUUUCCAUUACAUUUACCAUUAGAAUUGUUAGGUGUUGAAAUGUGUCUAAAAGUUCUUACAAUCAUCCUUCUGGAAAACAAAGUUGUUUUUCAAUCCAGAGACUACAACGCCCUUUCCAUGUCGGUUAUGGCAUUCGUGUCGAUGAUUUAUCCUUUAGAAUAUAUGUUUCCUGUGAUCCCCUUACUACCGACUUGCAUGAAUUGUGCUGAACAAUUGCUUUUAGCCCCAACUCCUUUUGUGAUUGGAUUACCGGCUAGUUUUUUAAUGUACAAAAAGGGUUUUAAAUUGCCAGAUGAUGUAUGGUUAGUAGAUCUAGACUCUACAAAACUUAUUUCACCACAAGAAGUACCGCCUUUACCGGAACCGGAAGGAACCAUUCUAAAAAACCAUUUAAAACAAGCAAUCAACAAUCUAGAAACGCCGUCAAAUUCAACAUCCCACCUUCAGCCUUCAAGAAGGGAAAGUAUAUCGUCUGGAAAUACUUUAAACAUUAACAGACAAGGUUUGCCGGAUGUCCAAGCAACCCCAAAUGCAUCACCAAAAUUGCCUUUAUCGCCACAGUCACCCGUACCACCAAGAACAACGAUGAUACCAGCCAAUCAAGUUGGAUAUAAUCCUUUUAUAUAUGGCAAUGAUGUGGAUUCGGUCGAUGUUGCUACAAGAAUUGCAAUGGUUCGUUUUUUCAACUCUCAAAAUCUCCUAGCCAAUUUCUCAGAGCACACCCGAACUCUUAGACUAUACCCCCGUCCAGUAGUGGCUUUUCAAAUCAACAGCUUUCUGCGAUCUCGCCCGAGAGCAUCGCAAUUUUUAAACCGUUUCGCCAGAACGCAAGCAGUGGAGUUCUUGGCCGAAUGGUCGCUAACGCCGACAAACGUGGCCUUUCAAAGAGUACACACCGGGGUGCUGGAUCCAACUUUGGUGGGCGACAAGCCCAAAUGGUAUCUGCACAACCUUGAAGCAAUAAAAUUCGUGGUGUGGGACGAUGGGAGUUCCUUGAACGGAGCUUUGCGGUGUCUUCAAACGCAGGAAAAUCAACCUACGGAUGAGAGUGGAUCGGAUUCUGAAGAGGUGGGCAGCACGAGUUCGAGUUAUUCGUCUCUGAGCGAUUUUGUUUCUGAGAUGCAAUCGUCGGAUUUGUCGCCGAGUUGCAUGUCCUAUCACGAUCAACGAAAAGCCUCGGCAAGAAAUAUGUCCAUGUCUUCGAAUGUCGAUGUGGAAAAUAUUUACAAGCCACCGCAUGAACUGCACUACCCUGAGGGAGAAGUGCCUGUAAACAGAACUGAAUCACCACAUUCGUCAUCCAGCAGCGACUCAGAUCUAAGCUCACCCUCGUUUAACCGCGACUCGGAGAUCGAGUACAACAGCAAAAAUAAAUCUGAGACGGUCAGAUCCACCCCCAAAACCGACAAGGAGGAGAGCGGCAGUUGUGAGAACGAAUCCGACUCGAAUUCCACCAUGACACCCAAAACCACUGUAAGCAUGAACACCGUUAAGACUGAAUCAGCAAGUAGUACCAAUAGUGAAUCACAGGAUAGACCAACAACACCUAGAAAGAGUAGAAGAUCCAUUACACCGGUACCACCAAUAACUCCUAUCCUUCAAAAGCAACCAAGCAUAGGAAAUGUUCUGGCAAGGACUUCCAGUUUUGGCUCUUCAUCGGGAGGAAGUCCAUCGCCCUCUACCGGCGGGAGUGUGCAACGUCAAAGCAGCCAAGGAUCCUUAUUCGAACAAUUCGCAUCGCAAGCCAAGGAAUUGGUUAAAGAAACCACCAGACAGAGUAGCCAAGAUGGCUUAUUGGCCCAUAUGGAUAAGUUAAAAUUGCAAGCAAAAGAAAAACUUACCGAAGCUGAGGAAAGUCAUAUUUUUGCUCCUUUCGACAAGCUUACUGUACAAGCCAAAAAGGCAGCAGGAGAAGCAACUAAGAGCGUUCAAGAAGCAAGCAAAACAGCAACGGCUGUAAGCAAAAAUACUUUCGAAGAUUUAACUUACGUUGGAAAAUCAACAUUUGACGAUCUCACAAAGAGUGCCAAGGAGGUCGUUACCAAAAAGGGACUAUUAAGGGCUGACUCCUUUGGAAGACCUAGCGAUGCCCGAAAAGAUUCCACAAGUAGCAAUACUUCUCUAGUAGCAACAUCCUCGAACGUAUUUACUGGAGCAAGUCGAGACUUCUUCUCCAAUCUUACUCCGGAUCUAAAUGGUUUUGCCACAAGCACAACGAGCAUGUUCUCAGGGAUGUUCGGUGGUAAAAAAGAAGCAGCUAAAGGCACACCCGUACAACACCAACAAAAGAAACCCCAAGAAGCAAACAAAAUCACCAGCAUGUUUGGGCCUUUCCAACGGGGACCGAAAGGGUUAGCUGAAAAGAGUCCUUUGAUCAGACACUCGCCCAAAAAACAGGAAGAAUUUCACAGGAAGCAGUCGAUCGAUAAGUCCGCUACCAAUAGCGAGAAUCAGUGUUUCCUUAAGGAUGUUAUUACCCAAGUUUUGGAUGGUGAAGGUGUAGGGUGGCUGAAGCUUAACAGACUAAAGAAGUUAAUGGAAGAUGAGUCGUAUAGAAACUUUGUUUUAAGUAAAAUUAAUAAGACCCUCGAUAAGAAAAUUGCACCUGAUGAUCAUAUAGACGAUGUGUGCAUUGCAAAACCAAUCUGGAAGGGGAUGUUGAAAGUAUUACAAGCAAUAGUUCAUGGUUUAGAAGUAACGUUUGGUAAUUAUGGUUUGGGAGGUAUGGCCUCAGCUUUUCAGCUGCAUGAAAUUGCUCAUACACAUUACUGGAGCAAAGAGCUGGCCGACUGUAAUACAGAUUUUACAACCAGCUCCAGUCCUAGAUCACCACAAAGUCCUAGGCUAUCAAUUCAAUCUGAUUGGGAUAAUUCUAGGAAAUCUUCUCAUUCAGAACCUCCUCCUGAAGUAAGGCUAAUAGGAGAUGAUUCAGACAAAGAACAACAUUCAACCGCCGAAAUGUUUAAAGAUAUGUUGACCCAAAAGAAAAAUUUGCUACUCAGUAAAUUAACAUCGUUUGAUUCCGAUGCUGAGGCCCCUAUGCAUGGUUCUGGUGGCACUGUGUCCCCCUCUACUGGUUCUAUUACUACUGGGCCAGCAUGUGGGCUGAAUCGUGGAGGCACACAGGCUUCAUUCAGAUCAACAGUAUCUGAUACCGAGGUGGAAACGUUACAGUUCCCAAAAUCAAAGCAAAGAACUUCGAGUGUUUGGUCGAGUAAAUCUUCACUUAGUACUGGAUUUAGAUAUCAUGCAGGACAAAUGGUUAAUACAGUAACAUCACCAUCCCCUGAUGCACCAAGAACGUACCUUUUCGAAGGACUUGUUACUAAGGAAAGAUCCUCACUAUGGGAUCAAAUGCAAUUUUGGGAAGAUGCUUUUCUUGAUGCUGUUUCACAGGAAAGAGACAUGAUUGGAAUGGAUCAAGGCCCAAGAGAGAUGAUGGAACGAUACAAAGGUCUAAGUGAAACCGAAAGAAAACGCCUGGAACACGAGGAAGAUAAACUGCUUGCAACUAUGUUGUAUAACUUAACCGCCAUUUUGGUAAUGCUAAAUUGCAACAAGGAAGAACUUAAAAGAAAAAUUAGAAGGCUACUAGGAAAAAGCCAUAUUGGUUAUGUCUAUAGCCAAGAAGUUAACCUACUACUAGACCAAAUCAAUCACUUGAAUGGCAAUGAUAUAGACUUAAAACCUUUGGGUUCGCGUUUGUUACACCGUCAAAGUUUCACGGUGCACCAAGGCGUCGAUGGAGGUGGGGAGCUUAGAUUCUUGGAGGUCCGUGACGAUGGGCUUGUAUUGAGAUCGGUUUCCGGGGUGAUAGUAGAACGAUGGUGGUUCGAAAGGCUUGUAAACAUGACUUAUAGUCCGAAGAAUAAGGUUCUGUGCUUGUGGAGACGAAAUGGUCAGCAAACGCAGCUUCACAAAUAUUACACCAAAAAAUGUAAACAGUUAUAUUACUGCAUCAAGGAAGCUAUGGAAAGGGGGGGAGUAGCGGGGACCGCUCCGGAAUUGGGAGGAGAGUUUCCGGUUCAAGAUAUGAGCACAGGGGAGGGAGGACUUCUUCAAGUGUGCAUGGAGGGAGUUGGACUUCUUUUCGCCAAUAGCAAGUUUUUCGUACGGAUUGACCAUAUCAGAAAGUGUUUUACCCAACAAGGAAGUAUUUUCAUCAUUGAAGAGUUCAAUCCCAAAACCCGUCAAGUUAUCCAGAGAAAAUACAAAUCUCCUAUGGCUGACCAAAUUUGUUACUCAGUCCUGUGCGUAUUUUCAUACGUAGCAGCUGGUUCGGAUAAGUCCGGUUUAAAGCCGAAAAUAAAAACAACCCCCCAUCUACCUACAGCCUCCUCCCACCCAAAACCAGAACACACCCCUAUACUAACAAAACAACUCCACACCCCUCUUCCUCAAACCAUGCCUCCUCCAACAAGUCCAGAACCGGGUUCUGUGACCCCACUGGGAGGACCACCCAAUUACCCCCCUCCAGCUUUGCCGCCUGGGGUAGCGCCUCCUGCUCAACCGCCCGGAGGGAGGACUUUUGUGGUUCCUGCGCAGCUGCCCGCUGGAAGUCGACCUCCUCCUGUCCCCCAAAGGUCGAUGUCCAUCGGAGGAACGCAACCCCCUCCCACGCCUCCCAGACCGAAGUGACCACGUAAAAGUAGUUUGCAGCACUUCAUCGGGAGUAACGAAAUGUGUUUGACGUUUUGUAUACCCUGGGAAAGUUAGUUAGUACUAAUUGUAAACUGUAAUGUUUUAAAGAUGUGUUUAAAGUCUACCUUGCAUUUAAUACUUUUCCUGCUAAAAGUAAAAAAUUACUAUUUUUAAAUUGUUGAAGUUACAAUAAACUAUUUAUAUCAAUAUAAUUUUGUGUACAGUAUAAAUUACUUUGAGUAAAAUUUUUACUAAAUAAUUACUAAAUAGCUAAUUAUAAUUAAAAAGGCUGUUUUUUGUUUACAAACGAUUAACAGCAAUCAACAUUUGUUUAAUAUUAUUAAAAAAUAAACCCAUUUUGCUUUGGCAAACCUAUUAUUUUUAUAUUCUUCUUUAAAGUAUGCUGUUAUAAUUAUUAAAAAUAUUUAAUUAAAUGUUGAAAAAAUAAAAUAAUACGCACAAACAAUUAUCCGAAAAACAACUAACAUACUCUCUAAAAAUGAAUUAGUCAAAAAUGACUAGUUGCUACAGGUAUUAGUGGCUGCCUUUUCACUCAUACCAUGGUAUCCCCAACAUUUAACAGCCAAUUCUUAUGUAAAAUUGUCCCUUACACUGUUCAAAAUUUCAUGACCAUUUUAACACCAAAUUAACACCAUAAAUGGUCUAUAUCGAUACAAACCAAAAUGGUGUUAAAUAAGGUUCGUUGGUUCAGUGUAAAUUCAAAUACUUAAAGAGUGAAUUUAACUUUCACACAGUAUUAAAAUUAAUUUUACCUGGUGUAAAUUGAACUCCUUUUCAGUGUUAAAUAUUAUGUGUUUUUGGUCAAAUUAAAUCAUACUACGAAGAAAAAAAGGAAAAAAACAGAAAACAGGAAGUUUUCUGACGCAUUACAAGUAGUAUUUUUCCAGAAAAUUGAAUAUUCAACUUGAUAAUGUUUUUAGUGCGUUCCAUCAACUUAAAAUUCUUCAAGUAUCGAACAACUUGUAGUGUCACACCAAAGCAAAGGACUACCUGAGCUUAUAUACUCUUCAUGUAAGUCAACAGAGGCGAGAUUUAAGAACAUCACGUGAUCCACACCGCCUUUGCCGCGAUCGGUACAUACUAUGCAACCAGGAAUGCACUGCAAAUUGUUUUAAUCGUUUUAACAGAGUGCUUUAGGUUGAAGUAAUUCUUAUUUUACAAACAACAUAUUUAGUAAACUGAACCAUACAGGGGGUUGGUUUCCCUAAAGUUUUCUGGGUUAAUUUAACCAAUUAAAAAAAAAUAACUAUCUGGUUUAGUACCGUCAAACUAAUCUUUGUCAACUAAAUUAAUAUAGUUAAAUGAACUAUUACUAUUUUCUGUUUAGGUGCACUUCUCAAAUAUUUUUAGAUAAACACCGUUUUGAUGUUUGCUGUAUAUAACAUUUCCAACCAUAAUUCAUGGUGUUAAUAUUAACACCACGGUGUUGGAUUUUGACACCAUUUUAAGAUUACUCUUUACACCACAGAUAUUUUAAACAGUGUAAAUCCGAAAAUUAUUAAUAAAAUUGUCUAUAUCUCGAAAAGUGUUAUACUUUUAUAAUUUUUGACUUCAGGGGGCAAUAUUACAUGGAAAUUGACAGCUAAAUAUUCAGGAUACAAAUUGCUAUUGACGAGAAUUAUUAGUGGCUGCUUUUUCACUAUGACAAUAAGUAAUUUUUGACUUAUUUCUUUUUAGAGAGUAUAUCGUGGUUUUUCUAUAAAUGGGCAUCGCCAAGAAGCGGGGGCAGGAAAGUAACUGUCCCACCCCUAGGGACUUUAAAAUUUAAUGAUAAUUAUUUUUUAGUAAUGUAAACUUUAUUAUUUUACCCUUCAACUCGUGUAUUUUGUUUUUAAUUUUAAAUGGAUCCAACUCAUUUACAAGAAACAAAAUUUAAUAACCAUUUAAUCCCAAAUCAACCUUUCCGGUAAAUGGACAAAAUUGAACAAAAAAAAAUGGACGAAAAAAAGGUACAAAUUUCUACUUUUCAGUUAUUGGAUUUCUAGCCACCGGGAUUCACAGACUUACAGGCAACAGAAACAACAAGUUGCUCAGAAUUUGAUUACGAGUCAAUUCCUACAUUUAAGGAACAGCUCAAUUUUAGUCGAAUGUUUGGUCAUUUUUAACCUACAAUUCAUUUUUAAUCUUGCCCCCCCUGACCCUUUGGCUGGCGACGCUCUUGUGAUUAAUUUUAUUAAAUGUAUUUAUCUUAAACGCUUUGUACCUACAUAUUGUAAUUUAUUCUAUUUAUGUGAUACCUAUGCUCAUAUCAUAUAAAAUACCUGGUAUAAUAUCUAUAUUUAAAUACAUAAAGAUACAUAGCUUAUUUAUCAACAGUAGGUAUAUUAUGCAACGACCAUUUAAUAAUGGCUAUUAAUGGCGAAUGUCAUAAUGAGUGCGAGUAUUUUGAUAGCCCAAUAAUUGGGAGUUGCGAAAACUAUUUUUUCUACGACUAUCAUAAUAAAGUAGACAAUUAACACCUUCAAUCUGAAACGUUUGGUACCUUUUUGCUGAUUUUGUCGGCAAUAAGUUGUUUGCGGCUUUUCAAUUUCUCUCUGGCUUAAAUUUUUAAUUUAACAUUUACUAUCGCAGAUGUUUACUAAUUUUAAAUUUAAAAAAUUUAUGUAAACAGUAACCUGUCAAAAUUGAUAAAUAUUAGAUCUAUAAAAUGUCCAAGGCAAUAGUUGAUAUGGACAGAAUAUUGCCAUGUAUUGCAUUUCUCAUUAUGGCACAGGUAGAAAAUGUCUACGAAUGAAAACAAAUUAUAAGUAUUGAAGUAGAAAAAAAUGUUUUAAAAAUAGAAUAUACCUAUCUACUAAAUUCAUAUUUUGUUGUCACAAUUAAUAGAUAAAGUUAAUUGUGUUUUGCUACACACUUAGAAAUGUACAGAGCCGGAAUUCCUAAUGAUCGUUAUUAUUUUAAAUAUUUAAAUAACAGCAUUCGGCUCUGAAAAGUAUUAAAUCGUAGCAUUAUUAGGAUCCUGUAUAUUUGUUGUAAUUAUGUAAAAAAAAUCGUGCAAUAAUUCGAAUAAAAUAAUCUUCAUCAAUAUUUUUUAAAUAAAUUAAUUAAAUAGAGUAUUAUAGUUAUUAUUUAAAUAAAAUGUUAAUAAUAAAUAUGUGCCUAUUAGUUUAAUGCAU